AGGGAAGCAUUGAAGUAUCCCUUUGUCAAAUUAAAGUAAAGCGAAUUUGUUGAAAAAGAAAUCUGAUACUGAGAAAAAGAGGGAAUUCAGUAACCGAAGGGCAACUGAUCAGUAGUUUCAGAUCCGUUUCGGAUUCUCUGACCCCUUGAACUCCCCGCGAGUUUUUUCUUUCUCGCGAGGUGAAUAAUAGUGGCACAUAGUCGAACCCCUGACCCCUUCUCGGGAGGUUCGCGCCUCGGCGCCUAAGCCCGUACCAAAGGAAAGAGAAAGAAAUUGCGGAAGCGGGAAGGUUAAGGGGACGGCACGAAAGGGAUAUCGCGCCGUCCAUCACCAUGAAGCUCGUUGACCACGUGGUGAGAAGUUUCAAGGUGGCCAAGGUUUUUCGUGAAAAUUCCGACCGCAUAAACAGCAUCGACUUCUCACCGAACGGGGACACUUUGAUCUCUUGUUCAGAGGAUGAUCAGAUUGUGAUAUAUGAUUGCGAGAAAGGCACUCAGGUGCGUACAGUCAACUCGAAGAAGUACGGUGUUGACUUAAUUCACUUCACACAUGCGAAGAAUACAGCGAUACACAGCAGUACCAAGAUCGACGAUACAAUUCGUUAUCUCAGUCUGCACGACAACAAGUACAUACGAUAUUUCCCGGGUCAUAGCAAGAAAGUUGUGUCGCUGUGUAUCAGUCCUAUAGAAGAUACGUUUCUUUCUGGUUCUCUAGAUAAAUCAUUAAGACUAUGGGAUCUACGUUCGCCGAAUUGCCACGGUGUAAUGAACGUUUCCGGACGCCCGGUCGCUGCCUACGAUCCCGAGGGUCUGAUAUUUGCUGCAGGCGUCAAUUCAGAGUCCAUAAAAUUGUAUGAUUUACGCAGUUUCGAUAAGGGGCCAUUUGCCACGUUUAAGUUGUCACAAGAAAAGGAAUGUGACUGGACAGGAUUGAAGUUCAGCAGAGAUGGCAAAACUAUCUUGAUUUCCACAAAUGGCAGCACGAUUCGUUUGAUUGAUGCAUUUCAUGGUACUCCCUUACAGACGUUUGCUGGUUAUCUGAACAAUAAGGGAAUUGCAAUUGAGGCCAGUUUCAGUCCCGAUUCACAGUUUGUAUUCAGUGGAUCAACAGAUGGUAGAGUACAUGUAUGGAAUGCUGAGACUGGAUACAAGGUUUGCGUGUUAAACGGUGAUCAUCCUGCACCUGUUCAAUGUAUUCAAUUUAAUCCUAAGUACAUGAUGCUCGCAUCGGCCUGCACCAACAUGGCAUUUUGGUUACCAACAGUCGACGAAAGUGCAUAA